GGCUACACAGAGACUGAAACUUCAGCUCCGGUGACAAAAUGAACUCUGCUCACCUCUUACACCUCUCUCCCCAAUUCCAUGCCCUAAAUCCCAACCACUCUUCUUCUUCUUCUUCGAUCAAUCUCCUCCGACUCUGCAAAUUCAACUCCGUUUCCCUCGCCUCCCUUCCCAAGCCCUCCCGCUUAAUCACGCUUUGCGCCUCCAGUUCCGACAAGCUGUCGUCGGAAUCGGCGCCGCCGGAGUCCAUUAGGGAAGGGUUUCUUCAUUUUCAGAACGACCCUUCGCAGUGGAAUGUCGAAGUCGGAAGCCCUAAGGUUCCGGGUCCGUCCGUGGCCAAGUUGAGCUUGGGCGACCAGGCUUUCUUUCUCAUGGCCUUCAUUGCCUGCACGACUUCGGUGGCAUUUACGAGCCUUGUAAUUGCAGCUGUUCCGGCGAUAUGUGCAAUGGGGAGAGCUGCAACAUCUCUUUCAAAGCUGGCAGAUACAGCUCGUCAAGAACUACCUAGUACUAUGGCUGCCAUUAGGCUCUCAGGCAUGGAAAUAAGUGAUCUCACACUGGAACUCAAUGACCUAAGCCAAGAGAUAGCUGAUGGGGUUAGCAAAUCCACUCAAGCUGUUCAAGCAGCAGAAGCUGGGAUUCGACAGAUUGGCUCACUUGCUCGGCAGCAGACUAUGUCAAUGAUUCAAGAGAGGGCAAACCUGCCGGUUAUCUCUUUGCAACCUGCCGUUAUUGGAGCAGCAAAAAAGACUUCUCAAGCUGUUGGCCAAGUGACUAAGAAGUUCAUGAAUAUAAUCUCUCAAAGGGACUCAGAGAAUGAGGAUGACAUUGGAAUUGAAUCAAUUGAUAGGGUGGAAAUUUGAGUCUGCUGUAUUUACCAGCAGCAACUCUAUUUUCUGGAACUCUGCUCAUACUUGUAUCUACUGCAGUAUUUCAACUUGAGGUGGACAUGAACAAUUUGCAGAACGUAUGAAAAUCGAUUGCUACUAAAAAGCUGGUACACUUUGUACAGCUUGUAGAGCAUGGGGGCGUACUGUAAUUAUUGUUACAUGGAAAGGUAAGCAGUCAGGUUGUGUUGGUUCCAUAGAAGUGUCCCUAUUACCCGGUUGCAGUGGCGGUCCGCUUGUCUGUAUGAAAGCUGUCAAAGUUGUAACAAGUUUCCUAAGCUCCUGUGGCCAUGGUGGUUCGUUUUAAUGUAAGAUCCUGUGUUACCCUUCUGAACCAAGGUUGCUGCUACAAUGUUGAUGGGACUGAUUUGGAUAAACUUGACGCCCUUAUACAAUUACGCAUUCAAAAUGAAAUUACAAGGGCCUAAAUGCGUUAGGAAUUGUCUUAGAUUUGCAGAACUUUGAUCAUCACCAAUAUUCUUUCUUCUUUCUUUCCUGAAGUUAAUCAAAUUAGGUUAUUACGAUGUUACAUUUCAUCGAGAAGCUUCAAAUUGCAUAGACAUAGACAG